AUGACUGAAUGCAUUGUGGAAUCACUGUUAUCCCGCUCAUUUGGAUUGAGACCUUUUUCCGAGAAACGAGAGAUCGUCGAAGGUGGCCGUCCCACUCCUGAGUUGCAAGGACUACAUACAACAUCCAAGCGAAGUGGUAAAGUCUUUAUUCGAAGUUUUCAGACGUCAAAUUACGACAAGUACAAAUGGCUGGCUGGAUCCUCAAAAUUGAAUAAGUUAUUUUGCUGGCCGUGUCUUUUGUUCAACUCAACAGACAAGACAGUCUGGUGCAAGAAGGGAUACGAUGAUUUGGCCAACCUGUGUAAUGCCGUCAACAGACACGAGAAAACGAAGACACACUUGUCCAGUUGCCUAAUGAAUGCCAGUUUUGGGCGUACACGCAUCGACAUGCAGCUAGACGAACAGGCCCGUCAACACAUCUCAGCUCACAAGAAUAUAGAAGUACUUUGCCGUUUCAUUGAUGUUGUUUGCUUUCUUGGCAAACAGGAACUUUCUUUCAGAGGUCGGGUGGAGCUGGAGGAGUCUGCCAACAGGGGCAAUUACGUCGAAUUGAUAAAACUGCUAAGUGCAUAUGACCCCACGCUUGAACAGCAUCUUCAUACAACAACCGUGUUUUCUGGACUUUCUAAUCGUAUCCAGAACGAUUUGAUUGUUGCUGUCAAGGACGUUAUGUUGAAAGCAAUAAAAGAUGAAGUGAUGAGGAGCCCAUUUGUCGCUAUUUCCCUGGAUGAAAUCUCCGACGUUAAGACCUUAUCGCAGCUAACAACUAUAGUUGGCUAUGUCAACCCAGUUGGUAAAGCUGUGGAGCGCUUUCUUGGAUUUACCGAUGUAAGUGAGGAUAGAACUGCGGCUAGACUGAAACAAGAAGUCGGUAAAACCCUGAACGAGUACGGAUGCGGCGAAAAACUGAUUGCCCAAACGUAUGACGGUGCGAGUGUGAUGUCAGGAGAACUGUCCGGUUUGCAAACACGACUGUCUCGUCAACUAAAGAGUGUCGUAUAUUUUUUAAAACCGUCACUGGUCUUUCAUCCUUUUUUUCACGCCUCGUCCAAGAGAACAUACCUGUUGGACACAGUUGUCGGCAGACGCAUUCCCACUGGAACAGCUGUUCGAUGGCACUAUCAGAGCAGGUUAAUCCAUGCUGUACUGGAGACAAGAGCAAAGCUGCUCGAAGUUUUCGAAUACAUCAUCGAAAAUGAUGACGAGUUUGACGGUACGACGUUAAACGAAGCGAGGGGCUACCGACAAGUUCUUGCAGAUUUCCAGUUUGUGUUCUGCCUUAAAAUAUUUUCGGAAAUAUUUGGUCUUACGGAUGUUUUGUAUAAUAUCAUUCAGAGUAAGCAGUUCGAUAUUGUCUUCUGUGUCACGAAAGUUCGCGAGACGAAAGAUAAGAUUCAAGAACAACGAACAAAAUUCGUAGAUUAUUGGAAUUUUACGUCAAGUAUCGUCAAAGUAGCACUGAAACGCGGGCAAAGUGAAGAGGAUACUACAUUAACCAUCAAAACGCCAACAUCACUUUUACCUCUGAGACGGAAAAUAAUGGACGACCACCGUUUUUAG